AUGGUGCCAACUGCGGGACACAGUUCAGUCGACGCACUACGUCAACACCAGGACUGGUUCGGUGACAAUGACGUUGCCGUCAGCAACCUGCUUAUCUGGGAGAAACAUCUGCGCAAAUCCUAUGCCACCCGCUCCACCGACGCCAACAAAGCAGCCUUCUACCGCAGUCGACGCCUUAUGAAAAAGCACAUGCGGGAGAUGCGGGCCGCUUGA